UAGAUAAAACCCCUUUAAAAUACUUCAAUCUUCGGAGUACAAAUGUAGCGAGCAGCAGCGGAGGAUUGUGAAACCUCGUAAAAAAAUGGCGUCCACACUUGAUCACAGUCUACACUGUAUCUAACUGUAUGUAUAUAUAGAUUUGUUAAUAUACCCUGCAAUUUUCGAAUUACGUGGUGCCUCAAACAGACGCCACGUCUUCCCCUUCAUAUAUUCUCGCUUUUUUCCACUCGUCGAAUUCCUCCUCUUUCUUCUACUGUAAAACCCUCACAAAUUCAUGGAGGGAGCUUUCAAAAAUUCUGAUAAUGGAGCGGUCGAAUUCUUCAAGAGGGAGAUGGGCUUCUCCGCUCCCAGGGUUUUCUCUCGCCGCAUCUCCGCUUCACAGACCAUGAUCAAGCGGAUUGAUUUGUAUGGGAAACUAAGUGGCCAUCAGGGUUGUGUAAAUACAAUUGAGUUCAACUCCACCGGUGAGAUUCUCGUCUCAGGUUCUGACGACAAACAAAUAAUGCUUUGGGACUGGGCUACACAGAAAUUGAAAUUCUCUUAUCCGUCUGGACAUUUGGACAACAUAUUCCAGGCCAGAAUUAUGCCAUUCACUGAUGAUCGAAAAAUAGUCACUUCAUCGGCUGACUGUCAGGUCAGGCUCAGCCAGGUGUUGGAUAACGGUUCAGUCGAAACAAAGAGAUUAUCGAAGCACCAAGGUCGUGUUCACAGGCUUGCUGUCGAACCAGGAAGCCCUUACGUGUUCUACAGCUGUGGGGAAGAUGGCUUUGUCCAACAUUACGACUUACGAAGUAAUUCCGCCACAAAGCUUUUCUACUGCACAUCCAUGGCAGAAAACAACAGCCGAUCUUCUUCAAGCAGUAUCGGACUGAACUCCAUUGUUAUCGAUCCAAGAAACCCUAAUUAUUUCUCUGCAGGGGGCGCAGAUGUUUACGCUCGCGUUUACGAUAUCAGGAAAUACCAAGCGGACCCAUCAACUAAAGCUGGGACCCCCGUUGCAACUUUUUGCCCCCGUCACCUUAACGGGACCCACGAUGCCCAUAUUACAGCGUUGGCUUACUCGAACACGAGCGAGCUGCUCGUUUCUUACAAUGACGAGCUCGUAUAUUUGUUCCAAAAGAACAUGGGAUUGUGUCCAAAUCCUUCUUCUUCCCUGUCUGAAGACACGCAUAAAGAGGCCGAUGCACCGCAGGUUUAUACAGGUCAUAGGAACUCUCAGACAGUCAAAGGAGUGAGUUUCUUUGGUCCGAACGAUGAGUAUGUCUUAAGUGGGUCAGAUUGUGGUCAUAUAUUUAUAUGGAAGAAGAAAGGCGGCGAACUUGUUCGUUUGAUGGUUGGCGAUAGGCAUAUCGUGAACCAGCUGGAACCCCAUCCGUUGAUUCCGGUCCUUGCCUCGUGUGGAAUAGAGAAGAAUAUAAAGAUGUGGGCCCCAUCUUCAAGUGUUAUUACCAGUCUGCCUGAUAAUGUUCUGGAGAUAAUGGAAGCCAAUAGGCAAGGGCGUGAGGACCAUUCACGCGUAACUUUCACUCCUGAUGUGAUCAUGCAUGUUUUGCGCCUGCACAGAAGGCAAGCGCGUGUAUUUAUCGAACCGAGGUAUAACAGAGAAGAUAUCAAGAGCGAUGAGGAUAUUGAAGGAGAGUCUUAUGUUCUUGGAUUCUCUGACGGUGAUGCCACUGAGGAUGGUGGUAACUCGAGAGAGUGUAAUAUUAGCUAGAGUUAUGUAAUUAUUGUCAAUAAGAUUUCCUUUUAUCGUAUAUCAAUCUUGUAUAAUUCAGUUAUAUUUCGAGAUCUUAUAGUUGGUCUCUACAGUCCCGGUUAUGUAAUAUCAUCCUCUGCCUUUCCUUAGCUCGGAGAUGCUAGCAGUAAUAAAAUAAAAAUCAACCUUUUGUCUCUUU